AUGGCCGCAAGCGGCGGGGCAGAGGGAGGCCUCCCGGAUCUCGGUCGCUACGUGGUGACUCGACCCAUCUACAGUGAGUCCACCUUCCAGGAGGAGAAUGAGAGGAAGCUGGUGGUGCCCAAAACACUCAGGGAGCGUGUCCAGAAAACCUGCAGCUGUUCAAGAAAAAAAGCCUUCCUGGUCACCAAGACCAUCUUCCCAAUUCUGGAAUGGCUGCCCAAGUACAGGAUUAAGGAAUGGCUCCUCAGUGAUAUAAUUUCUGGCAUCAGUACAGGACUUGUGGCCACUUUACAAGGUUUGGCAUAUGCAUUACUGGUUGCAGUUCCAAUUGGAUAUGGCCUCUAUUCUGCAUUUUUCCCCAUCCUGACUUACUUCUUCUUAGGAACAUCAAGACACAUCUCAGUUGGACCUUUCCCUGUGGUCAGUUUAAUGGUGGGCUCAGUAGUACUGAGCAUGGCACCAGAUGAAAAAUUCCUCAUGGUUAACAGUAACAUGACGGGGAUGAAUGGAACUACCUCUGUAGACAUCGCCUCUAGAGACGCACAGCGUGUACUCAUUUCCAGCACUGUCACCUUUUUGGUUGGCAUUAUCCAGCUAGUGUUUGGAGCACUUCAGAUUGGUUUCAUUGUAAGGUAUCUUGCUGAUCCACUGGUUGGGGGCUUUACAACUGCAGCUGCUUUUCAAGUAUUUGUUUCACAAUUAAAAAUAGUGUUAAACGUUUCAACCAAAAACUACAACGGGGUCCUUUCCAUAAUCUAUACACUUAUAGAAAUAUUCGAAAACAUUAGAACCACCAAUAUUGCUGAUUUCGUUGCGGGACUGCUGACUAUCGUUAUUUGUAUGGCCGUCAAAGAAAUUAAUGACCACUUCAGACACAAGAUUCCUAUUCCUAUUCCUAUAGAAGUGAUUGUGACAAUAGUUGCCACUGGCAUUUCAUAUGGGGUUGACCUGGAGAAGAAAUACAAUGCAGGGAUUGUGAAAACUAUUCCUACUGGUUUUUUGCCUCCUGAGCCUCCAGCUGUGAACAUGUUUGGAGAAAUGCUGGCCUCUGCAUUUUCCAUUGCUAUUGUUGCUUAUGCUAUAGCUGUCUCUGUGGGAAAAGUAUAUGCAACCAAGUAUGACUAUACUAUCGAUGGAAAUCAGGAAUUUAUUGCCUUUGGAAUCAGCAACAUUUUUUCAGGAGCCUUUUCUUGUUUUGCUGCUACCACCGCACUGUCUCGCACUGCAGUCCAAGAAAGUACUGGUGGAAAAACUCAGGUUGCUGGCAUAAUCUCAGCUGGAAUUGUAUUAAUUGCUAUUGUAGCUUUGGGGAAACUGCUGGAACCUCUGCAAAAGUCUGUUCUGGCAGCUGUGGUCAUUGCGAACUUAAAAGGGAUGUUCAUGCAAGUAUGCGAUGUCCCCCGUUUGUGGAGGCAGAGCAAGGCAGAUGCUAUGAUCUGGGUUUUCACAUGUAUUGCUUCCAUCAUCCUGGGACUGGAUUUAGGAUUACUUGCUGGUUUGAUAUUUGCACUGCUAACAGUUGUACUGAGAGUCCAGUUUCCUUCCUGGGGUAGCCUUGGCAAUAUUCCUGGCACAGACCUAUAUAAGAACAUCAAAGAAUACAAAAAUGUUGUUGAACCCGAAGGAGUGAAGAUUCUCAAAUUUUCAAGUCCCAUUUUUUAUGCUAAUAUUGAUGGCCUAAGAAGCAGUCUCAAAUCUACUGUGGGAUUUGAUGCUGUGCGGGUGUACAACAAAAGGCUCAAGGCUCUGAGAAAAAUACAGAAACUAAUCAAGAAAGGAAAAUUAAAAGCAACAAAAAAUGGCAUUAUCAGUAAUUCUGGUACUGUAAAUGAGGCUUUUGAAUCUGAUGAAGAUCCAGAAGACCCUGCAGAGCUGGACAUCCCAACCAAAGAAGUGGAAAUCCAGGUGGAUUGGAAUUCCGAACUUCCCGUCAAAGUCAGUGUCCCUCAAGUGCCACUCCACAGCCUAAUUUUUGACUUUGGAGCUGUAUCUUUCAUGGAUGUAGUAGCAGUCAGAGUAAUGAAAACAAUUGUCAAAGAGUUCAAGAGAAUUGAUGUGUCAGUAUACAUCGCGUCCCACCUAGACCACAUUAUUAAAACAUUGGAAUGCUGUGCCUUUUUUGAUGAUGACAUUCAAAAAGAAUUAUUUUUCCUGACUGUUCAUGAUGCUGUACUCCACAUACAGAGUCAAGUCAUGUAUAGAGAUGCCCAAGACCCUAUAGCUGAAAAGAUAUCAUUGAUGCAGGAGUCAAAGGAACCAAUAGAAUUCACAGAAACCAACCAGAAUGAAGAGCUUGAUGUUCAAGAAGAGGCUAUGCGCAGACUUGCUUCAUAA